AUGAAGAGGUGUGAAGGUGAAUUAUUAUUAGCACCAGCAUUGUAUGUGUUUGGAGACUCAACUGUUGAUGCUGGGAAUAACAAUAAAAUCCAGACUUUUGCUAAAUAUGACUUUCUGCCUUAUGGCAAAGAUUUUCCUGAUGGACCAUCAGGAAGACCCACCAAUGGUCGCACAAUCCCUGAUUUUUUUGCUGAAUCACUUGGACUAAAAGCUCCACCACCAGCUAUUAGACUUGUUGAAAUUAGUUCAUACAAUAGCAUUGAAGGUUUCAAUUAUGCUUCAUCUUCAGCUGGGAUACUUCCUGAGUCAGGCUUUAAAGGUAGUUUGAGCUUAGGAGAACAAAUUUCACUAUUCAAGAAGACUGUAGAAGAAUAUUUGCCAUUACAUUUGAAAGACAUUAGCUGUGUUAAUGGUGUGUCUGGCCAUUUGUCCAAGUCCAUUUUUCUUUUAGUAAUUGGAGUUAAUGACUAUGCCCUAAAUUUCCUUAAGAAAAACAACACUACUACUAUGGGUGCUCCACCCAAUGAUGAAGCAUUUGCUCAACUCCUUAUAUCCAAUUAUGGUGAUCACUUAAAGGAGUUGUACAAUUUGGGAGCCAGAAAAUUUGUGGUGUUCGACAUUGAAGCAAUGGGUUGUUUACCCUCAUAUACAAACCAGAAAAAUGAAUUAAACUCAAAAUGUGUGGAUGAAUUAAAUUCUAUGGUCCAAAAAUUCAAUGGAAAACUUGCCUUGAAAAUUCAAGAAUUAGGCCGUACACUUCCAGCAUCUGCAUUCAUUCUUGGCAAUAAUUAUCAACACAUCUUGAAUUUGGUACAGAAUCCUCAAAGCUACGGGUUAGAAGAUGGAACAAAUACAUGUUGUGGACUUACACAAUACGGCACGUGCGAUCCGAGUAAAGUGACUUGCAAAGACAGAAAUUCACACGUGUUCUUUGAUGCAGCUCACACGACUGAAGCAGCUUAUAAGAUUCUUGCACAAGAAUGCUUCAGUGGUGUGAGAGUCUGCCAACCAAUGAAUCUUAAAACCCUAGCAAUGCUAUAG